ACCUGAUCAAACUUGGGAGCACAAAACUUCUCCGACAACGUUCUCAGACGCAGAGCUCCUACGACCCUCUUUUAGGACUAAUAGCUGUGUGUGCUUGCAUGAAAGGGGCUGGCUGAGCUGGACUUUUGCCUGACCGAAACCAGCCUCCUCUUUUCUGCUCUAAAGAAAUCUGAAGCCAGCCUCGUCCUUGCUGAAUUUGGAGUCGGGGAGUUUCUAAUCGUUCACGGUGUAAGGAGAAGAGACGGGUCUGUGCGUGUGUGUCAGAAUGGGGUGCAGACAGCAUUUCUUGGUGGUCACUCUGUGCUUGACGCUUCUCCUAUCCCCACAUUGCUGCUGUGGGAAAAAGCGCUGGAGGAGAGCCUCACACCUGAAGCUGGCAGAGAAAUAUGAUGACUAUGAGUACCCCCUUCAUUCCCAUGGAACGCCUUACCAGAAGAACGACCGCUGCCCCCCUCCACCGCAGACGCCUGACCGGGCGUGCGAGGUGCCCAGCUGUCGCUCGGACUCCGAGUGCGAGAGACACAAGCGCUGCUGCUACAAUGGGUGCAUCUAUGCUUGCCUGGAGUCAGUGCCCCCACCUCCAGUUUUGGAUUUGGUUCAGCCCAAGCCACGCUGGCUGGGUGGAAAUGGCUGGCUUCUCGACGGACCGGAAGAAGUUUUACAAGCCGAAGCAUGCAGCACCACAGAAGAUGGAGACGAGCCUCUGCACUGCCCAACAGGAUAUGAAUGCCACAUCAUUAAUCCUGGCAAUGCCGCUGAGGGCAUUCCCAACAGGGGCCAGUGUAUCAAGCUCCGUGGGAACUCUGAUGGGUGGAAUCUAAGGCCUAAAUAUUACAAGGAAUAUUUUGGAGGCAGUUCCAAUAACGUGGUGGGCUACGUCAAACAACAGCAGAAACACCUUGGUUAAUUCCGGCAAAGCCUUCGGGGGGGGGAUUCUCUCG